GGGUUUCACUCAUCACACACUUUCAAAUCUAAAUUCCUCUGGGGCUGCCAGCUCAAGCCUCUGAAGGAAGAGAUUUACACCAUUAUGCYGAAAGCAGAAUCAAGCCCUGGAUUUACUACUCUCUAGCUCAGAGCAGAAAUGCUAAAGUACCACUCCAWCCCUCCUCCUCUUCCUGGACGAAUCUCUACCCUGUGCUUUAUGAAAAAUGCCUUUCCUAGCUCCACAUAACAAUAAUAAUAAUUCUUUUCGGGACUGAGCCGUGACGCCUCCCCCAGCCCGGCGUGCUGCAGUGGGCUCCGAGCGGUGCCGGGGCCGGUGGCAGMGGGUGGCAGCUGUCCCUGCCUCCUCCUGCCCAUCCUACGGGAGCAGGGGACGGCGAGCCUGGCAGCCUGCAGGUGUCUCCCAGCGGAGGAGGCUGCGGAGCCCCUCGGGAGGAUGAUGUGUGGUAGCCGAGCAGAUGUUCACUCGCUCCUGGCGCUCCUCGGAAGGCAGAGCCGCCCCGCUCCGCUCAGCGCGCUGAAGCUCCGCGGCUGCGAGAGAGCGGCCCCGCUGCCGCGCCGGCAGCUGCUCCUUUAACGGACACGGGCAGGAUUGMGAGCGGAGGGGAAGAAUGGGAGUCUGCCCGCAGCGCUUCCUCGGCCGCCUCAGCAGCAGAUUGGAAGAAGCUGAGAGUUUUGAUGCCUGGACAACYGGAUUCUGAAUCGUGAGAGGCUUUGAAACCCCCCCUCCUCCCAAAUAAAACAAACCCCUUUGACUUCUUCUCUCAGCAGGAGGGGGAGGGAGGGCGGAUUUACCAUGAAGACAAAUCGAAGAUGCAGAGCCCUGCUAGCAGUGAGUCUGAAUCUGAUGGCUCUCCUCUUCUCUACAACAGCUUUUAUCACGACCCACUGGUGUGAGGGCACACAGAGGGUCCCCAAGCCGAGCUGUGGGAAAGAGAAGAAGACAAACUGCCUCAACUACGGCGGGAAUGAGACUGCAAAUGAGACGAACCAGAAUGUGGUUCAUUACAGCUGGGAGACGGGAGAUGACCGCUUCCUUUUCAGGUAUUUCCACACUGGGAUCUGGUACUCCUGUGAGGAAAAUAUCAAUGCUGCUGGUGAAAAAUGCCGAAGUUUUAUUGACCUUGCCCCGGCUUCUGAAAAAGGUGUGCUGUGGCUCUCAGUGGUGUCCGAGGUGUUGUACAUCAUGCUGUUGGUCGUCGGGUUCAGCCUCAUGUGCCUCGAGCUCUUUCAUUCAAGCAGUGUCAUAGAUGGGCUCAAGUUAAAUGCCUUUGCUGCUGUCUUCACUGUGCUUUCAGGUCUCUUGGGGAUGGUGGCACACAUGAUGUACACUCAAGUUUUCCAAGUGACAGUCAGCCUUGGGCCAGAGGACUGGCGACCACAUUCCUGGGACUACGGAUGGUCCUUCUGUCUGGCGUGGGGCUCCUUCACCUGCUGCAUGGCUGCCUCCGUCACCACCCUCAACUCCUACACCAAGACUGUCAUYGAGUUCAGGCACAAGCGCAAAGUCUUCGAGCAGGGCUUCCGAGAAGAGCAGAACUUCCUGGACCAGGAGGCCAUCAAAUACUUCAGAGAAAGGGCUUCACAACACCCAGCUCUAAGUGUCACUAGCCCRCAGAGGAACAGGAGUGACCCCAAUGCUCAGAAAACUCCCCCAUUCGCUACGUCAAGCUCUUCCAGCGACACAUCAAGCAGCUCUUCACUUUCAUCAGAACCAACCAGCCCAAUCUCCAUGGUUCAGGAUCAAACCCUGCUGGACAUCACCUCCAUCACUAGAUUGGCCCCAGGGGAAUCACCAAACCCUCAACCACUCGAGCAAAGAGAUACAAAUUCAGCAAUAUCGUGUUCCAGCCCACUGGGAGCAAGGACUUUUCCAGCAUCGUGCCCAGCCAGCCCCAGGCUCAGUCUAACACCCAGCUCAGCCAAGCCACAGCAAUACUCUGACUCCUCUGCAGUCAGCCCAGGGAUCAGCGCAGCUUCCUCCUCCACCUUCUGUCCUCACACAGCACAAAACCUGCCAGCUUCAGCUUCAGAUCACACACUGACCCCAACCAGCACAAGCACAAGGCCUCCAGAGACAGCCACUCCCGAAGAGAGUUCCCAGGCUCCUGGCUAUUCUAAAACUGAGUUAAAGAAUACAGGAAAGGGGUUUGAAUCGGAUCUGGAAGAUCCUGAUCACGAAAGGAGAUUCGUGACCGCGAGGGAAUUCCAGGCCAUGGAGAGAGAGCUAGAGGACGUCAAGGAAGACCUGAAAUGCCUCAAGUGGAAGGUGAGGCACAUCGGCGAGACGGUGCAGCCCCUGGCCGAGGACAGCAAGAGGUACAACGGCUACACGCUGACGGAGCUCAAGGCCAUGGUGCAGUUCGAGGAUGACCCUUACAAGGCUGCCCACAAGAUCCUCACCGCCCUCUUCAGCGAUGUCUACUGGCCGCAGCGCCCGGCCGCCGAGCAGCCCUGCAACUCCCGCUCGCUGCCCAAGCCCAAGAUAGACCCGGAGCUGUACAUGGUCUAYUGUGACAUCCUGAAGAGCAUCUUCCCCGGGAUCAGCAGCCAGGCCUUGCGGGAAGAGCCGCAGCAGGUGCAGARGGGCAGGCAGGAGGCGGCGCAGUGACGGCAGAGCCCGCGGGGCUGUGCCCAGGGCAGAUCUGCGGUGGCUGUGGGGUCCCGGCGUUGAGCCCGUCCCUGUCUGAGGGAUGGAUUGUCUGGGAAGGUGUUGGUGAGCUCUGAGCCCUCAUGCCACUGUCCCAGCGACACAGGGUGGGAAGGAAGGCACCCUGCACUCUUCCCACAUUUUAGAAAACAAUUGCUCCUUUAGUGUCUCUUUCGAUCUAUGGACGUUUCCUUGUUUCCAGCAACUACAAAYGCUGACAAAAGAACCCCAAGAAGGCGCUCUACGUCCAAUCAAGGGCCUUCUCCCAGCCCCAAACAGACCAACCGACCAGCAUCUGGGUAGUUUCUAUUUUCUAGAGUGUAUCAUUCAU